AUGGUACCUACAAUUGAGUCUCCCAAAGAUCGGAUCAGCGCGGCAGCAGCUGAAGGAGAGCGACUACUCUCGGUCAUUGCUGCCACUGAAGAUACUGCAGCCACUCUAACCCAGGUCAAACUCGGCCUUGCUGCCCUUAAAAACCUAUGGUAUGAUGCAGAUGCUUUAUACAGCGAAUUGUCCGCUAGUCUCAGAACGGAACAGAAGGAAUUUGAAGAUCUACGAGACAGCCACAUAAGAAAGUUCUUUGGUGGUUCACAGUAUAACGAGAAGCUCACAAAGGAGGAGAAUGACGUGGUUGAGUUGCUGGAGUGGCAGGCCAAGGCGGACAAGACGCGCAAAGAGCUCAAGACCCAACUGGAUGACAUGAAGGAGCGAAGGCAGAAGUUAGAACACAUGAUCGAGCAACGCGUGCAAGCCCUGAAUGAUCUAGAUAAGCUUCAUGCAGUUGUCUUCGACGGGCCUUCGCCAAAUAAUACUGAAGAAGAUAAACUCGAGGCAGAGAUGAAAGCAGCUCAACAGAUAUUUGAUCCCAUACAGAACCGCUAUAGCCAAGUAGCUUCAGUGGUUGACUACAUCACAAUGGCUCGCUCACGUGUCAUUUUCGCCGCCGGAAGCGCAGCAAAGGCGCUCAAAAUUUCGGAAUCGGAUAUCUUUGAUCUGAAACCCGGAGCUGGAAGAAGGGCUAAUCGCCACUUCAAUUCCGCUGUCGCUGACCGGAAAGAGCGAGAAGAGUUGGGCUUGGUCCGGCGUAGUCUGGUCGAGGCUUCGCAAUUCCUCGCCCUGGCUCACGAGCUUGAUCCCGAAGUCGGUGGGUUCAUCAUGCCCAAGGUCGCAGACGGGAAAAGCGCUGCUGGCAGAAUAGAUGACUGGAUCAACACACCCGUGACUGACUACCUGUUCCAUCGGGAGAUCAAAGCAACGGCAGAGGGUAUAGCUGCGGCGGGCGCGAUUGUAGACGAGGAGCUGCGAUUGGCAGAGCAAAAGAAGAGCGUAUGGGCUGAAAAGAGGGAUACAGCGGGUAGAGACCUGAAACAAACAAGAGAAAAUCUGCAACAGCUACGAGCCCGGAUCUUUGAAGAUGCUGUCAAUGGUCAAGGAAGCUCGACAGUACCGUCUUAUGAAAAAGCGGCAGCAGAUGAGAAUCCACCACAAUAUAAAGAAACAGAACCUUGA